UCUUCCAUUCCCCAUUAUGAUGAAAUUAGAGAGAGAAAAAGUGAUUGAGAGAGUUCUUGAAGCUUUCAAAGACAGCUUUGAUUUCUCGACGAAUCUAAUCCGAUACCAAGGCGGGAUCUCUAUACCACACAAAGAUGGAAAAAUAACCGCAUGCAAGCGGGACCACUUUUCACACAAAGGUGGAAAUACUACUCAGGAGUCCAGGACCUCUGCACCACACAAAGGUGAAAAAUAACCGCAUACAGGCGAGACCACUAUUCCACCACACAAAAGUGGGAAAAACUAUCCUCACACAGGAGGGAUUGAAACCAAAACCUCUCACAAAUGAAAGUUUUUGGGUGCCUCGACUUUGCCACUUGAGCUAGGCCUCAUCGACGAUAUAUACAAAGCUCUUAGUUUUGCUUACAUACACAUCCAACCAGCCACAUCAACUUUCGAGAGUUGAAAAUGAACGGGACACAAUUAAUAUAACAUCUUAUGAGAGUGUUAAAGUGAUUAAAAUAGAGUAAUGCGCCUACAUUUUAUAAGGUUGCGUGGAGUAUUUUCAUUAAAAGUAAAAAUAGAUACUAAAUUGAGAUACAUAUUAAAAUAAAAAUAUGAAUAUUAAAUUGUGGGAUAGAGGGUGUAUUUAGUUAUAGAGUGUUGCAAAUUGCAAUGCAAUAGAAUGCAUGUAUAAAAGUGUGGAAUACAUGGGCUAUGAAGAGUGAGAAAAGGCAUAGAGAAUCAAAGGGACGACAAGCUUCCGCGGAAACAUGGAGCCGAUUGCUUGCUUCCCCAACAUUUUGGAAUCUUGACAACUACUACUUUCUCUCUCUUUCUCUUUCUCGAUCAUGAGCUGCAACGGCUGCCGGAUUCUUCGAAAGGGCUGCAGCGACACCUGUAUCCUCAACACUUCUUUACAGUUCAUUCACUCCGGCGAAGCUCAAGGCCACGCCACCCUCUUCGUCGCCAAGUUCUUCGGCCGCGCCGCCCUCAUGUCCUUCAUCUCCGCCGUCCCCCUAAAUCAGACAUCCGCUGUUUUCCAGUCGCUGUUGUUCGAAGCCGCCGGAAGAACGGUGAACCCCGUCAGCGGCGCCGCGGGGCUGCUGUGGACGGGCAACUGGCACGUCUGCCAAGCCGCCGUGGCGACAGUCCUCCGCGGCGGCACCUUGAGCCCCAUUCCCAGCGGACCGGAUUUUGACGCCGCCGACAUUUUCAAAGCCGAAGGGCCGCCGCGGCGGAAGGCGUCCAUCCCCAAGCGCCAAGAAGCUGAUCUUGAUCUCAGCUUGAGGGCCGGCUUUCCGGCCAAGAAGAAUCAGCCUUUUCCGGAGCGGCCGCGCCCCCUCGGCAGCCCCUCGAUGAACUCUGAAGAAUCUGAGAUGACAACAUGUGGAGGUCAGCCGCCGCCGGAAAUCAAGAUUUUGAAUCUGUUUAACUAAUUAGCUAGCUAGCUAGGUUCAACAAUAUUAAUUAGUGCUGUUUUUUUUUUUUUUAAUAUAUGGGUUUUAAUUUGAAUUUUUAUUUUCUACAAAAAAUUCCGGUGGAGUUUUUAUAGAAUUUUCCUCCUUUUCUUUUGCUACAUCAAAUGUAGAAAGAAAUUAAGGGAAAAAUGAAACUUUUGCGAAUGCUUUCUA